UUCUCGUUUUUAUCGGGUUUUGGAUUACAUUUGAAAAUUGAAGAAUCGACAAUAUUGAGGUGGUAUUGCUAAUGGACCUACAAAAGUUCAAACCAAAACCUUCAAAACGGCAGGAUCUUCAAGGAAUUCGAGGGCUCGCUAUUUUAUCAGUACUUGGAUUUCAUUUCUUGCCCGGUACAUUUCCGAAUGGAUAUCUCGGAGUUGAUCAAUUCUUCGUGCUCUCCGGCUUUCUCAUGUGCAUGCUGCUCAAACGAGCUGAAGACCAGUCCCCAUUCUCUCUGAUUACCUUGUUCUAUUCCAAAAGAUUCAAGCGAAUACUUCCGCUUUAUCUCCUCAUCAUCCUGAUCUCUAUGAUUUUUCUCUAUAACUUCUUUCCGGCUACCGCUAUUGAAACCAACAGGUCUUCCGCAGUUAUGUCAUUGCUUUUCGUGUCCAAUAAACCAAUGACUAUUGAAGAGGACUAUUUUGAAAUGCUCGCCAUCGCCGUGAACAUUUUCACCCAUACCUGGUCCCUAUCCGUAGAGAUUCAAUUCUACCUUAUUGUUCCCUCCAUCUACAUAAUCGGAAACAAGAUACCCCAGAAGCUUCAAUAUGGAUAUUAUGGAGUCAUAGGAUUAUUCUCAAUUGGCUAUUACUAUUCCUCCCCAGCUACUGUGGCGUUUAACAGUGUGUUUGCUAGGAUUUGGCAGUUUUUGAUAGGUAUGCUAGUCUACGGAGCUUCGCAAGCUAAAAUCUCAAGUGAAAGCUCAUCAGUAGGCGAUAAAGAACCACUACUAAGUGAUGAAGAAUCUCAAGAUGUAGAGCGGAAUCCCACCAAUGUGAGCAAAGAUAUCAUUGAGAAAACUUCAAGUUAUAUCCUAAUUCUUACACUGGUUUUUAUAACUACCUGUCCAUUUUCGCUAAGUUCAGAUUUUGGAAGACCACUCAUCACAAUUGGGACAGGGCUAUUGAUGCUUAUCUCCAGUGGAAAUCAAUUUCUAUCCAAUAGAGUUUUAACUUAUAUCGGUGACAUCUCAUAUUCACUUUAUCUCAUUCAUUGGCCAAUUUAUGCAUACUGGAAGCUUACCUACGGGGGUGAUUCGUAUUUACUAAUUGUUGCCUUGGCUGCUUCCUGCAUUCUUGCUGUCAUUUCCUUCGAAGGAUUCGAAAAGUGGUACCUUCACCUGUCUUUAACAAAUAUUGGGGUCUUAGUUGUCACCUUAUUCCUCCUAAAUGUGAUUGUGAUUAACAAGGACGAUAUCUUGGAUCGCGUACACUUGAGGACCAACUCAAAUAGAGAUAUUGUAACCAGUAACAUGACAGUGGACGACGCGAUUCGAUUGAAUUACCAGUGGACAGUGAGAGAUUAUGUGAACUUUUACACGCCAACUUGCAAGUAUGCAGGAACGAAAAACUCAGAGAGGUGGUGCAGGCAUACGGGCCUUCAAGACUCCGGCAAGUAUAAAAUGGUCAUAUUUGGCAAUAGCUGGGCGGAUAAUCAUGCCACGUUGUUCUAUCAAGAAUGCCACGCCAAGACAAAGAGUAUCUUGCAAGGAUGUUCAUUUGGAUGUGAACCUCUUUAUCCAUUUGAGAUUAGCAAAAACUGUGAGCCAGCCUCUACGCUUUUUGAGCAGCAAAUCAAGAAUGAGCAGCCGGACUAUGCGUUUUUGUUCACGAGAUUUAUGAAUAUAGGACAUCCAAUUCAAAAAACUAUUGAGGAAGAUCCAAUCUACCUAAUUAUGAAAAAGAAGAUGCUUGGUUUUAUUUCAAAUAUCAAAUAUAAACUGUACAUCCUGGAUGCCAUACCUCGAGUACACAGGGAAACGGUAUCGAGAAUAGCACCGUUGGUGAAAGAAGGCAAAGAUUUAGCCGAAAUUGAUACCCUCCUGAAUGACUUUAUUGAUUAUGAAGCAGCUCGGACUCGUCACGCACAACUCCUUAAAGAUUGUCAGGGAAAAUGUGCGCUCGUCGAUUAUCUCCCAGAAUUCUACAAUAAUUCCACUAGAACAUUCCGGUUUUUUGACGACAAAGGCUUCUCGUACCUGACUGAGGAGAACCACCUUUCACCGCAUGGUUUAGAACAUGUUAGACAUGUUUGGACGGACAUUUGUAAUAAUUUGUAAAUCUUAGAAUGCUGAAAUUUUUAUCAGAGCUUUAAUUUUUCGGGUAAUACAGGAAAUGUCUAAAAUAAACAUUUUUAUUUA